AUGGAGGAGGUAGUGAUGGUUCAUGAAGCAGAAUUUGAAGCAAAUCCUACAGGGAUAAACAGGGAAAGGCUACAAAAGGUUCAGGCAGAAUUGAUCAAAUGUCUUGCACUAGAGGAGAAAUAUUGGCAACAAAAGGCAGGCAUGACUUGGUUCAAGGAAGGGGAUAGGAACACUAAGUUCUUCCAUGAACAAGUGAGAGAAGAAGCUAUCAAAUUCUACGAGGAACAGUUCACAGAAGCAACUACUCCUUCAUUAUUUGAUAUCGUAGAGCAUGUUCCUAAUCUUAUUAACACUAAGCAAAAUGCGGAAUUGAUUAAGCAGCCAACAAAAGAGGAGGUUAAAGUGGCAGUGUUUGGACUUAAUGGUGAUAGUGCUGGGGGGCCAGAUGGUAUGACAGGCAAAUUAUAUCAUUCUUGUUGGGACAUAAUAGGGGAUGACCUGUACGACAUGGAGGAACAAUCAGGUUUUGUUAAGGGCAGGAAUAUAGUAGAAAACAUCCUUCUAACUCAGGAGAUAGUGACUGACAUUAGGCUUAGAACUAAGGCUGGACCUAACUUCAUCCUUAAGCAAGAUAUGACCAAAGCUUAUGAUAGAUUAUCUUGUCUAUUCCUAACAAAGGUACUAAGAAAGAUAGGAUUCACAGAAAGGUUGAUAGAGAUUGUCUUUGGAUUAGUUUCAAACAAUUUGUAUUCUAUUCUAAUCAAUGGUCAAGAUCAUGGUUUCUUUAAGUCCUCAAGGGGAGUAAAACAAGGUGAUCCUAUAUCACCAACUUUGUUUAUCUUGGUAGCAGAAGCAUUAUCUAGGGGUCUCAAUGCACUACAUACUAACCUGUAUUUUUGUGGAUUUGGGAUGCCAAAGUGGAGUCCAAAGAUCAAUCAUUUGGCGUAUGUAGAUGACAUGAUUAUUUUCUCAUCCUCAGAUGAAACAUCUCUAAUGUUGAUUAUGCAAGUGAUGAAUGCAUAUGAAGCUGCAUCCGGGCAGCUUGUUAACAAAACCAAAUCAGCUGUGUACCUGCAUCAUUUAACACAUAUGGAAGUGAUCAACAAGGUGGAAAGGAUCACAGACAUUCAUAGGAAUGAUUUUCCUAUCAUAUAUCUAGGUUGUCCUAUAUUUUAUGCAAGGAGAAAGCUAGAAUACUAUCAGCCCUUAAUUACUAAGGUAAUGGACAAACUGCAAUCUUGGCAGGGCAAAUUAUUAUUAGUAGGGGGCAGGGCAGUUCUCAUAUCCCAUGUACUGCAAAGCAUGCCUAUGCAUCUACUAUCAGCUGUAAACCCUCCAAAUUAUGUGAUAAAUAGGUUGCACAAAUUGUUUGCUCAGUUUUUCUGGAGCAGCUCUGUAGGAGGAACUAGUAGGAAUUGGGCUUCAUGGAGUAUCUUAUGCAUGCCAGUUGAGGAAGGAGGAAUAGGUUUCAGGUCACUGUACGAUGUAGCAAAGGCAUUAUUCAGCAAGUUGUGGUGGAAUUUUAGAACAAAACCAAGCCUAUGGAGCUCUUUUGUAUGUCAGAAAUACUGUCUUGGGGCACUAUAUUUUUUGGUUCCUCAAGACUUUGGCAUUGAUGAAAUAGUACAAAAUGUACAUGGGGUUACCUUAGAUGGUGAGUGGGAUGUGGACAGACUAUUUGAAAUGCUUCCUGAAGACUUAGUAGUACACAUUAUGGAGAAAAUCAAACCACCUUCACCUCAGCAGAUUCUUGACAUGCCUUUUUGGAUGCUGGAAACAAGAGGAUAUUUCAGUGUUAAGUCAGCAUGGGAUUAUACGAGAAGAAGAGACGAACCAAGAACAGUUUAUAGGAUGAUUUGGGUAAAGAGAAUGCCUUUUAAAAUAGCAUUUUUAUGUGGAAAGUGUGGAAAGCAAAAGCCUGACGAGGAAUCUCUUCAGCACUUGUUUUUUAAAUCAGAAACUGCAAAGUCAACUUGGAAGUAUUUUCUAUCGAGAGCAGGAAUAGCUGUGGAGGGACUUACAUUGCACCAAGCAAUCACAAAAUGUUGGACUGCAAAUGUGUGCUUAAGGCUCAAACCAGUAAUGCAAGCACUCCCCUCAUGUGUAGUAUGGGAACUUUGGAAAAGAAGAAAUAGUAUGAAGUAUGGUGAUGCUGUGACAACUAGCAGGGUGAUUUAUCAAGUUUCAUCAAAUCUCCAGGCAUUGGUGAAAGUGAGAAAGCCUGGGAUGGACAUGGUACCUCACAAAUGGCAAGAUCUAUUAGCUAUGAUGGAAAAUUUCACUCCUAAACUUAAGGUCACCAAAAUCAUGUGGGAAUUUCCAAGUGCAGGAUGGCUAAAAGUUAAUACGGAUGGUGCAUCGAGGGGAAAUCCAGGCAGGAGCUCAAUAGGUUUUUGUAUUAGAAAUGAAAAUGGAGACAUAGUCAAGUCAGUAGGGAGGGAGAUUGAGGAGACAACAAACACAGUAGCUGAAGCGAAGGCCAUGGUAGAAGCACUAAGGUUUUGUAGAUUUCAACAAUACUCUCAUGUAUGGCUUCAAACUGACUCAAUGUUAUUAAAAAAAAUUAUGGAUGGGAUCUGGAAACCACCAUGGAUCAUAUCUGAGCAGGUAGAGGAAAUGAUGCAACUAAUGAAUGGGGGCAAUUACACAGUUACUCAUAUUCAUAGGGAGGGCAACAAGCUGGCAGAUCACUUUGCUAAUUAUGCUUUAGAUCAUGGAGAAAUAGAAUGCCAACAAUUCUGGCAUCUAGAUGCAUAG